AUGCUAGUAUUUCUUCUGAUCUGCAGUAGCUUAUGCUCAACAAUGGUCUGCGCACAAGAAGAGCCGGAAGGAAUAGACGAUGAAGGCGGAGAAGCAGAAGAAUUUUACAACAAAACGUAUAGCGAGCAUCAAACUGCGCUUGAAAAAGCCAUCUUCAGCAAUUAUGUCAAUACGAGGAGACCGGUAAGAAAUGCUUCGCUACCUGUCGAAGUUAGUAUCCACUUCCACAUCGUGCACAUUUCGAUCAAUCAGGAGGAGCAGACGAUGACUGUUCACGGCCAUCUGUACAUGACCUGGAUUGACGAGUUUCUUGGUUGGGAUAUCAGCGCAUUCAACGGAAUAAGGAUUGCCAGAUGUCCCAAAUGGCGGGUAUGGCAGCCAAAAAUCAAAGUAGCUAACAGUGUCGCCGGUAUUUACUCUGCAUUUGAGAUUUCAUCUCACGCACAUGUUCUUGUACAGUCACUCGGAAAGGAGCAGGCAAAAGUCGAGAUGUAUCCGACCUUUUCCAUUAAAGUCGGCUGCAACUUCGACUAUUCCGACUACCCCAGAGACGUCAACUCCUGCUCCUUGUCCGUGUUUGCGAAACAACGAAUGAGCGAGGUGCGCCUAAAAAACUACUACAACUAUCCUCCAACACUUUCUAUUGGAUGGGGAAGCCAGUCGGACAAACGAGUUAUCUCGGACUUUGAAAUCCUCAACGUCUCACACUCUAUUACUUUCUACAAACACGGAAAUACGUCGGCGAUCGAGCCCAUAACGUCAAAUGAAUUGGCAGUUUCUUGGUCGAUUCUACACACCACCAUCUAUUUUAGAAGACAUAGUGUGAUGUUCGGCAUAAGUAUGUUGCUGCCCUGUCUGGUGUCGGCUGUAUUCAAUGUUCUACCGUUUUUUCUACCGUCCCUUAACUAUUCCGUAUAUACGUUACUGUCAAACGUUAUCAUACAGGCUGUUUUCCUGCAAGAAAUAGUAAACGGAAUACCGCUCUCUGCCAGUCGAGUUCCAAGCUCAGUGCUCUUCUACAGCACGACAAUGUUAUGUAAUAUGGUCUCCCUGGUAAUACACAUAUUACUUCUGGUUAUGGAGCAUCAAUCGUCACCAUUUCUACUUCGUCCUCUGUUGCAUAGGAUAGACAAGGCUAUAUCUGCUCGACUACCGCACAAUUCAGCGCCAGCGAUCGUUAAUUUGCGUGCAGUGCUGGGAUUAUUUGUGUUGUUUCUGUACACAGUAUUCAUUUUUGUGUUUUUGGUUUUCUGA